AAACAAAAGCUAACAGCAUGGAUUUCACAGAAAAGGUGGAAUUCUACAGUGCAUAAAAGGGCAUAUAUAGGAGGAGAUCUAUGGCCUCUCCACCUAACUUCCAACUACCAGUCCUCCCAGCUUUGGAGGCUCCGACAGUCCACGUAGCUGAUGCUGAAAGGUCGUUCCGUGUGACCUUUACAGCAUCUGCACCUCCCAUGGCUCUCUCGCCCACUUCCAUCUCCAUGGCCCUGAAGAGUCCUGAAGGCAUUGAUUGCCAUGGCAACGAGAGACAAGUGUUGGGGGAGCAGGCCAAGUUCUUCAACAAUCCACUGCUGAGUGAUGUGAUCCUGGUGGUUGGAGGUGAACGUUUCUAUGCCCACAAGCUCAUCCUCGUACGCUCCAGCGAUGUCUUUGAAAGAAUGUUCAGCUCAGAAUGGUCAGACUCGCAGACAAAGGAAGUCGAACUAGUCGAAGACAGCCUAUGCAACUCUGUGUUCCCACGCUUUCUCAAGUUCCUGUACGGCUGCCACAUCAAGCUGAACAUCGACAGCACGCUGCCCGUGCUCAUCCUGGCCGACAAGUACAAUGUGGAGGACCUGCGCAAUGUGUGCAUCAACUUUGCCUGCUCCUACAUCAUCCCCAAGCUGCAGCUGAAGGACGUGUUCCACGUGUGGUUCCAGUACGCCACCAAGUGCUACCAUGUGCGCCUCAUUGCCGAGUGCGUCCAGGUGCUGGCCGAGAAGAUGGACGACAUCACGUCGUCGGUUGAGUGGCAGCGGGAGUGGGUCAACCUGGAGAAGGAGCAGCUCAUCCAGUUCCUCCAGAACUCUGACCUCAACAUCAAGGACGAGUUCGACCUGUGGCUGGCAGCCGUCAAGUGGCUGCAGUCGACCGGUCAUCCGCAGCGGGCGGCCAACUUCGAGGACAAUCUGAAGGAGAUCAUGCAGUUCAUACGCUUCCCAAUGAUGACGUCGGAGCAGCUGUGCCAGGUGGAGUCGCACACGGUGUUCCAGCAGCACCCAGAGCUGUUCCAGAAGGCCUUCAUGCUGGCCUACAAGUACCACGCUCUGCCUCUGGUGAAGCGGGCCAACGUCAAGGAGUUCAUGUCGUCCAGUUUCCUGCUGCGCAACUACUCCAAUCUACGCUGGGACAAGAGGUUCGUCGUGUCUCAGUACUCGGCCUGUCCCAAAGGAGCAGAGGUCAGCUUCCGAUUCUCAACCAGAGCGUCUUCCUUCCCACCGCAGACAUGGGAGUGGGAACUCAAGGUGCACCCAAAGGGUUACUCGACCAACAGCGAUGAUUUCCGCGUCGUUCUCAACUCGAAUGUAAUCCUCGACCAGCCACGGCCGAUUGAGUACCACCUCUCUGUUGUGGAUCGGAACCAGAUUCUACACUCUGUCUGUGGCAAGAAGAAUUUCUCAAAAGCACGGUACCAGACGGAUACCGAGAUGGACAAAAAAGUGUCUGUAGCUGAUCUCUGCCAGACAGACUCUCCACUGCUGGUGAAUGAUAAUCUUAUUCUGCAGAUAGCACUGAAACCAGUAGAAUGACGCUCAUACUUAAAAUGGUGAUCAUAAAAUGGUAAAGGUUUUUUUUUUUUUUUUUUACAAGAAAGUAAACUAGUCUGCUUGGAAAAAAUACAUGCUGUAUUUUGCUUUUCAACAACUAGUUUUCCAAGACUGGUAUAUCAAAAGAUCAUGGUAUGGGUGUCUGCUGUUUCUAAAAAAUAACAGGUAAAAAAAACCCAACUAAGCGAAGAUUAGCUUAAACAGUAAUAAUGUGUUCAUUCUCUCGUAUUCUAAAUAAUGUGAUACUAACUGCAAUUUUAUACAGUAUGCUGGAGUGUUCUAAUUACGUCAUAUUAUUUUAACUGUCCAGCGAUCCUACAUUUCCUACUUUUUCCUACUUUUUGAUAUUUUUUCCUAUUUUUCUUCAAAAUACCUAGGUUUUCCUACUUUUUUGUUUCAAAAUGCCAAGAAUUGCUGUUAAAGUGUGCAUAUUGUUUGUGUUAUUAUAAAAGUCAACAGUUAUGGGAUUUAAAAAAAUUAUUUGCAGCAAGAUAUAUCUCCCAAUUUGCUGCACCAUAUUAUUUCAACAUUUUAAAUUUACAUAACAUUUAUAUUAUUUUGGAUAACAAAAAUACAGGUACAAACUGAGCAAAACGUUUCUCAAUAAUAUCACCUUUUGGAUUUAGUACAUUCGUUUAUGAGCAUGAAUAAUGUUGCUACGUACUGUUUCAGUCCUACCUUUGUUCUACUUUUCCCUUCUAUUUUUCUACUUUUGUCCUACCUUUUCUGUAUUUCCAUUCCUACUUUUAUCCUACCUUUUCAUAAGGGUGUACUGGACAGCCCGUAUUAAGGUUAUGUAUUUGUUGUUGGAGCUACAGUUGUGUUUAUCAGUACCACAGAAGGGAUACAAAUCUACACAAUGUAUUAAUUUUUGCAACCUCUGUGGUACUUAAAAAUGUGGACAUGGGUCUAGAAAAAAAAAAAAUAUAUAAAAAGCCUAACAACAAAAACAAAACAAAACAAAACUUUCCACACUUAACUGUUAAAAGGUAAAAAACCAAAUGUUUUUACUAAAAAUGGUAUUACAACCCCCCCCCCCCCCCCCCCCCCCCAUCCCCGCACCUCCAGCAAUGUCAGUGCAGUGCAGUUUGAAAUUUGUUUACAUCCAGCAGUAUUGCUGUCUUGUGAUUGGCUGAUUUAUUUUUAACUUUUUGAGAACAGAUUUUUACCAAACAAUGGUGCAUAAUUUAAAUUCUAAAUGUGACAAUUUUAUACAUUAAAUUUAAUUUUUAAUAAGAAUUUAAGGUACUGAUAUCCAAGAUGUAUUAAGUUUCAAAAAUCUUUUUGUUAUUUGAUAUAACCUGGAUUUUAUUAGUCAUAAAAGUACCUUAAAAUCAAGCAAACCACAUGUAACAGAUUUUCACUCUUUGCUGUUCCAAGAUAUACUAGAAAAUGGCUGUUCACUGUUUCUGAAAUAAUGGCAAAUAAUGGCAGACACAUACAUAAAGAAAGUCAGUAGGGCUAGCUCUGGGUGAGCAAAACAUUUCACCAAGUUGUUUAUUAAACUUAAAAAUUGCAGAAUUCAACAGUUAUUUUCGAAAAAUAUGUUAAUCAUUACAUGAAAUUAUUU